AAGCUGACUACACUUAGUAGACUGUGGCCUGUUUCCAUCGUCGUUUGUUAUUUUUAUUGCCAGUAAUUUUUAAUUACAUCUCAUAAGCGAAGUGAUCUGAGUGAAGACGAAUGUUUUAUGGGCGUAGUUAGUGUACAUUAGGGAAUAUUUCAAUGAGCUGUAUUUCAAUUCACUUUAGUAGUGAUGCAAGUAACUCUCUACUAAUAUGCUAUGGUUCACCAGUGCUUGUCGGGAUUAGUUCCGCCAAUUCUCCAUCAUUAUGGAUGAAAUGGACCGUCCGGACACGCAGGGGUCCAUGAACCGGUUUGCCUGGGACCAAGGGCACGGGAACAACAAUGCCCGUAAUCCUCCUCCGGCCAGUGGCACAGUGCAGGAUCCGUACCAGUACGACAACGAGACCAUCAGGAAGAAAGGAUGCUGGUACAACUUCUCCAGCUGCGUCUCCCGCAUGUGGGCGACGAGGCAGAUGACAAAAGCCGAAGACAGAGAAGUAUAUGUACGAACCACCCUCAGAGAACUUGUCAUCUACAUAAUCUUCUUAGUCAUUCUCUGCAUAUUGACCUUUGGUAUGACUUCCCCUACGAUGUACUACUACACAAGGGUUCUAAGUGACCUGUUCCUAGAUGCCCCAUAUCCGGACAACCAAAACACCUUUCGAGGAUCAACACAAGUCCUGGACUUUUGGAGAUAUACAGAAAAUACUUUGUUGGAUGGACUGUAUUGGGAGUACUGGUAUGAUGCAGCCCAAACAGUUACCGAGGAAGAUGAUCGGAAUAUCCUUUAUGAAAACAGAUUGCUUGGUGUUCCUCGAAUACGACAGGUGCGGGUUAGAAAUGAUUCCUGUGUUGUGCCCGAUGACUUUAAAGGAGCUAUUCGGCAGUGCUUUGAUGUCUACUCUCCGAGCGCUGAGGACAAGUCUCCGUUUGGUAUUGAUAUUAAUGGCACUGCAUGGGAGUAUACCUCAGAAAAAGACAUGAAUGGCUCAAGUCAUUGGGGAAAAAUUGCCACCUACAGCGGAGCUGGUUAUUACCAGGACCUUGCUAUGAACAAAUCUGUGAGUAAAGAUAUUCUUGGAACUUUGAGAGAGAAAUUGUGGAUCCAGCGAGGAACCAGAGCAGUUUUUAUCGAUUUUACCGUCUACAAUGCCAACAUCAAUCUCUUCUGUGUUAUCAAAAUCGUUUUUGAGUUUCCUGCUACAGGUGGCCUCAUUCCAUCUUGGUCAUUCCGAACAGUGAAACUUCUUCGAUAUGUUACACCUCUUGAUCACUUUGUCAUGGCCUGCGAAUUUAUCUUUGUCUUCUUUAUCAUAUACUACAUCAUUGAGGAAGCUUUGGAAAUUAAAACCCUCAAGUGUGCCUAUUUUAAGAACAUGUGGAAUAUUCUGGAUAUUAUUGUAAUUCUGAUAUCUUUCCUUUGCAUAGGAUUCAGUGUGUUCUGUACAAUGACCAUCACUGGCAAACUUGAGGAACUCCUAGAGGAUCCAAACACCUUUUCUGACUUUGAAUUCCUUGGUUACUGGCAAACUCAGUUCAAUAGCGCAGUUGCAGUGUGUGUAUUCUUUGCCUGGUUUAAAUUAUUUAAAUACAUCUCAUUUAACAAGACCAUGACUCAGCUAUCUUCAACUCUGUCAAGGUGUGCCAAAGAUGUUGCUGGAUUUGCCAUCAUGUUCUUCAUUGUAUUCUUUGCCUUUGCCCAGUUAGGGUAUCUACUCUUUGGAACACAGGUUGAAGACUUCAGCAGUUUCCUGAAUGCUGUCUUUACACUGCUCAGAACGAUUCUUGGAGAUUUCAAUUUCCAUGACAUUGAGGAAGCCAAUAGGAUUCUGGGUCCUCUCUUCUUCCUUUCAUAUGUGUUCUUCGUCUUCUUUGUCCUGUUGAACAUGUUCUUGGCCAUCAUCAACGAUACCUAUUCAGAAGUCAAGGCAGAGAUUGCUCAUCAGCGCAAUGAGUUCGAAAUUGCAGAUUACUUCAAACGAGGCUAUAACAAUAUGAUGGGCAAACUAGGAAGACGAGACAAGCUGAUUGACAUCCAGAAUGCUCUUAAGCUCUCAGACUCUAAUUCUGAUGGGUUGUUGACGUUUGAUGAAGUUAGAGCAAACCUUAAAAAAUGUAACUUCUCCGAUAUGGAAAUUGAGAUGUUCUUUGCAAAGUAUGACACAGAUGGUACUAGACUGCUUGAUGCUGAUGAGGUUAAGAGGAUGCUGACUGACCUUGAAGGACAACAAACUGACCUAGACAAAAAUACCAAACACGAGCAGAAACCCAGCACGAAGCAAGAAGAAUCAAGCAAGGAUGAAACUCGUCCAGUGUCUGCGUCUUCUGGCCAUGGUUCCAUCACAUCGGUAUCGUUUGAGGAAUUCUCUGUUUUACAGAGACGCGUGGACCGUUUGGAACAUAGCAUUGGUAGCAUCGUGAGCAAGAUUGAUGCAGUACUGGUGAAGCUGGAUACUAUGGAGAAGUCGAAACAUAAACGUCGAGAAACAAUGGGGAAAAUUUUAGACACAAUAACAGAAAAUGAUGGGA